AGUUUCGUAUUCGAGGAAACCAAAUGGUAGUCAUGCACCAGCCGGCCGUUUGCUUACUGGCCGUAGCCUGUGCCGAUAAACUAGGCUACAACUACCAUCCUGUGCCACACUCUGAGCAAGGACUUUCCUUCACGCCCGGAGCCAAGAGUACGGAUUUAUCCAUUCCAUCUACCUCUGCCGCAGCACAACCGGUUUCCGCGAACACAGAAUACCGGAAAGAGUUCUACAGCUACUCGGCGCCUGAAGAAGUGAUUGCUGGCCACCAACAAGUUGCCAGUGCAUUGAAGAAAAGUUUGCGCGUUGUCUUUAUCAAGGCACCACACAACGCGGCUGUAGAAAAUGCCGCCCUCAGCUUAGCCAAACAAGCAGCAGAUGAGAAAACCGCCAUUUAUGUGCUUACCAAACAAGCUGACAUCGGCAGCUUGACGCAACAAUUACAGAACGCACAGCCGAAAAACGUACCACAAGUGCACUUUGUCAAAUACCGUACACCACAGGAUGCCAUAAACGCUCAGCUCGCAAUUCAACACCAAUAUAAUGGUCUGCCCGGCUCAACGCGUAAUUCCAACGAAGGUAUAGCCCCAGUGCUAAAUUUUGCUUCGCGGGUGCCAGUCGCUGCAUCAGUCCCACCUGGUCCCGCCUUUCAGUACCUGCCUGCUAACCCAAUACCAUCACAUGAAUACCUGCCGCCUAGCCUGCGCCGUUUUCGACAGUAAACAUGGCUUUUGCUCAUAGCCAUUUGCCGUACUGAUAUUUUUGUUUUAAGUACUCAUUGCUAAACAGGUUAUAACUCU